AUGCUCAACAAUAUAUCCGUCGGUGGCUCGAUACAUACCAGCACAGGAACAAAGGACCUUCACGCGCAGGAUCUGAAGCGACACGAUAAAUUGGACGGCGUCUUGGGAGUGAAUCUUGGCGGUGGCCUCUCAGCCGGUGGAGGCCUCACCCUGCCCCAGGAAUUAAUCAUGACGAUGCCCGGCACAGGUGGAAACGCCUGCACGGUGAUCGACGACAAGCCGGCAAAACAAAAGCGACACAGGACGAGAUUUACACCAGCCCAGCUGAACGAGCUCGAGAGGUGUUUCACCAAGACCCACUACCCGGACAUUUUUCUCAGGGAAGAGAUCGCCAUGAGAAUCGGACUCACCGAGAGCAGAGUCCAGGUGUGGUUUCAAAAUCGCCGAGCAAAGUGGAAGAAGCGCAAGAAGUCAACCAACGUGUUCAGAUCGCCGGGCUCCCUGCUGCCGUCCCACGGGCUUCCGCCCUUCGGCGCCAUGAGCUCCGAGCUCUGUGGCGCCGCCGGGAUGUUUCACGCGCCCACCGAUCGAUGGGGAAUGGCUCCAGGUCUGGGCCAAUUGAGCCAAGGUGGCAUGAGUAUGGGCGGUUUUGGCCAGAGUCUAGGCCAGCUGGGCCAACAGAGCUCGGGGAGCUUGGGCACGAGUCUCGGGCUAGGAAACAGUGGCCAGCUCAUUAGCAGUCCCUCGCAGACGGUCUAUCAGGCCAGCUAUGGAUUGAACACUCUUGGUGGCGUACACAUGUCAGCCUCGCGAGGCUCGCCACCGAGCGGUAGUUCCUCAGUCGGUGGUGGCUCCGUCCAGAGCAGCGGUGGUGGCGGUCUCAGUUCAGCUUCGUUGAGCUGUGGAGGCCAGAGUUCGCCCAACAGCACUGGCGGAGGUGCUGGGAACGGCGGUGCAAGUGCCACGGGUACGAACAACGGCGCCAACUCCUGCGACAGCGAGACGGACUGGCGAGGGGCCCACAGCAUUGCUGCUCUGAGGCGCAGAGCCUCCGACGCCACCCAGCAACAACAGUACAGUCCGCAGCCGACGGGACUACCACCCGGGCCACCGCCUCAGUAUUCGCAUGACAUCGAGUACAGUUCGGUGUAUUAA